AUGAAGAGGAGAGUGGGGACUUCGUCGUCAGACCACGACCUCUCUCAGGGCGGAAGUGACGAAAUCUCCGCAAUCCUCCACUAUAUCAAAGUCCGCGAGAGCUGCAUUGGGACACACAUGAGUCCAAAGGUGCAACCUAAUGAGACAUCUCCACCUGCGAGCUGCGCACCCCCAUCAAGAACACCGCCAUCUCAGGCCUCAUCCAAGCAAGCAACAUCACCACCAGUGGCUGCAGCAUCAGUGCCUCCACCCCAGGCAUCGAGUAACCCUGAACAGGCCCCAGCCCAGCAAGCAACAUCACCACCAGUGGCUGCAGCAUCAGUGCCUCCACCCCAGGCAUCGAGUGACCCUGAACAGGCCCCAGCCCAGCAAGCAACAUCGCCACCAGUGGCUGAAGCAUCAGUGCCUCCACCCCAGGCAUCGAGUAACCCUGAACAGGCCCCACCCCAGCAAGCAACAUCACCACCAGUGGCUGCAGCAUCAGUGCCUCCACCCCAGGCAUCGAGUAGCCCUGAACAGGCCCCACCCCAGCAAGCAACAUCACCACCAGUGUCUGCAGCAUCAGUGCCUCCAACCCAGGCAUCGAGUAACCCUGAACAGGCCCCACCCCAGCAAGCAACAUCACAACUAGUGGCUGCAGCAUCAGUGCCUCCUACCCUGGCAUCGGAUAACCCUGUACCGGAGCCGCCCCAGCAUGGCUUUCCAGCACAGCUACAAGAGUGGAUUCGAUGA